UUGACGCGGUCGCUGCAGGACUAUCGCGUGGACCUGACGGCAGAAUCCACCGGGAGGCUCGGUCGUUUUCAAACCUCCGUCACGGAUCCACAUCCGCCACCGCUUUUAUUUUCAUCUUCUCAUUUUUGGUUCUUGUUGUUUUUCUUCCUCCGGGUUGAAAAAACGGAGACAUUCUGGAAGCAGGCGGAGAACCGCGGGAGACUACGGGGCAUGGCUGCUUCAUGAGCCCGGGCAGGUGCGAGGAGAUGACGGCGGAGCCACCGGCGGGAACCGGCCGGGUGGUUCUGGUCAAGAAGAUCAUCAUGAAGGACGGAGCCACGCUGCAGCAGGGCGUCGGCAGACCCAGUGUCUAUCACGCCGUCGUCGUCAUCUUCCUCGAGUUCUUCGCCUGGGGUUUACUCACCACGCCGAUGCUCACUGUUUUACACGAGACGUUUCCUCAGCACACCUUCCUGAUGAACGGACUCAUUCAGGGCGUGAAGGGUCUGCUGUCGUUCAUGUCCGCCCCUCUGAUCGGAGCGCUGUCAGACGUGUGGGGGCGGCGCUCCUUCCUGCUGGUCACUGUCUUCUUCACCUGCGCUCCCAUCCCUCUGAUGAGGCUCAGCCCCUGGUGGUACUUUGCCAUGAUCUCCAUGUCCGGAGCGUUCUCCGUCACCUUCUCCGUCAUCUUCGCCUACGUCGCUGACGUGACGACGGAGAGAGAGCGGAGCACGGCGUACGGACUGGUGUCGGCGACGUUUGCGGCGAGCCUGGUGACGAGUCCAGCGAUCGGAGCGUACGUGUCGGCGUGGUACGGAGAUAAUCUGGUGGUCGUGUUAGCGACGCUGAUCUCUGUGGCCGACAUCUGCUUCAUCCUGCUCGCCAUGCCAGAGUCUCUGCCUGACAAGAUGAGGCUCAACACGUGGGGAACGCCCAUAUCUUGGGAGCAGGCCGACCCCUUCACUUCUCUGAGAAAAGUGGGUCAGGACUCGACCGUCCUCCUCAUCUGUAUCACUGUGUUCCUGUCCUACCUGCCGGAGGCGGGACAGUACUCCAGCUUCUUCCUCUACCUGAGACAGGUCAUAAAUUUCUCCUCCACAACCAUCGCUGUGUUUAUCGGAGUGGUGGGAAUUCUGUCCAUCAUAGCACAGACUCUCUUCCUCACUCUCCUGAUGAGAACUCUGGGGAAUAAGAACACAGUUCUGCUGGGUCUGGGUUUCCAGAUCCUUCAGUUGGCCUGGUACGGCUUUGGAUCAGAGCCAUGGAUGAUGUGGGCAGCUGGUGCAGUAGCAGCGAUGUCCUCCAUCACCUUUCCUGCUGUUUCUGCUCUGGUGUCACAAUCUGCUGAUCCUGAUAAACAAGGUGUGGUUCAGGGCAUGAUCACAGGGAUCAGAGGACUGUGUAAUGGUUUGGGUCCGGCUCUUUACGGUUUCAUCUUCUUCCUCUUUGACGUGGAACUCAACACCAUGGACCCGAUCCAAGGAGACUACGGCAUCGACCCUCUGCCUCUGCAGAGCCCCACUGAGCGAGCGCUCAUCCCUGGUCCUCCCUUCCUGUUGGGGGCGUGUACCGUGGUGGUCGCCUUCCUUGUGGCGCUCUUCAUCCCAGAGAAAUCCCCCUCCUCCUCCUCCUCCCCCUCACAGCUGUCCCUUGGUGAUAAGCCCCACCCACAGAGCAAAGAGUCCAUGUCCUCAUUGGCCGGCGUCCACAUCAACACGCCGCUUCCCGGCAGUGACGAGGAGGCUCCUCCCUCCGCUAGUGACGAGGACUUUGAGCCGCUGCUGCAGGACAGUAUCGUUUGAUGGACAGGUGGGACAGUCACAUGGGGCGGGGCUUAACCUGUGUCUUUGUGGCAAAA